CGGCAUCCGUAGGUGAAAGGAAACAGAAAUGGAAUCGGUAUCUAGUCAUGAAGAUUACGACAAACAAAGACCAUUUGAUAACAUAAUUGAUGGGAAAAGUGAGGAGAACUCGAUUCUCAGUGGCAUCGGAAAAGACAGUAACAAUGGUGCCCCUGACUCUAGUGUUGCAUCAGAAGGCAAUAUCAAUCAAAACAAUUCAGCUCACUUAGAUUCAAUGGCAUCAAAAGACUCUACAUCUUUGUCAGAGGGUGUGUCAUUCUCAGAGGAUGGGAAAGUUGAAGUAACAGAUCAGCUUUCAGAGUCUAGUGAUCAAAAUGAAGAGGAUAUGCCCCCACUUAUAGAUAAUGACAAUGUUACAAAGAAUGACAAUGAAAAGACAGAUUCUGAAAAUGACACUGUUGUUGAUCAGAAUAAAGACAAUAAUUGUAGCACACAAAGCACAGGAAAUAUAGAGCCUCAAAAUGAUAAUAUGAAUCCUGACAAUGUAAAAGAAAAUGAUGUGAAAGAUGAAUGUUUAAAAGAAGAUAAUGAAGAGACAGGUAAUGGUACUACUGAAAAGAAAGAGGAGGAGGAAUACCUAGAUAUUCUUGGAAGUGGGUCCCUUAAAAGAAAGAUCCUAAAAGCUGCAGCUCCAGGUGCUAAAAGACCAAUUACAGGUGAUGUUGUGACAAUCAAAGUGGAAGGUAAACUUGAGGAUGAGACAGCUGUCGAGGUACAUGAAUCGUUGACAUUUGUUCUGGGAGACGGAGAUGUUAUUCAAGCUUGGGAUCUGGCUGUUGCUCUAAUGGAAGAAGGACAAAUUAUAGAACUUCACACAGAGGCCAGAUUUGCAUAUGGAGAAAAGGGAAGAAAACCAGACAUUCCACCAAACUCUUCCCUCACAUACAUCAUAGAGUUGAUCAAAAAAGAUUACCCACUAGAUUACGACAGCAUGUCUGCCACAGAGAGACUGAAAUAUGGGGAACAGAAAAAAGAAAGAGGAAACUUUCUGUUUACAAGAGAAGACUACAUGUCUGCAAUAACCUCUUAUACAAAGGCUGUUCAGAUUCUAGAUCCUGCCACUUGCUCCGAUUCCGCAGAGAAUUUACAGCAGUUACUGGAGAGUCGACUGAAGUGUUACAACAACAUGGCGGCGUGUCAACUGAAAACAAAUGCUUUCGAUGCUGCCAUAAAGUCAUGUUUAAAUGUCCUUGAUGUACAACCAGAGAAUGUAAAGGCUUUAUUCAGAACAGGAAAGGGUCAUGCAGCAAAAGGAAACACAAAAGAAGGACUUUUGUACAUGAGAAAAGCUCAGAAAUUAGAGCCAGACACUAAAGUGAUUAAUCAAGAGAUAAUGAAGCUAAGCAAGAAGCUACAAGUUGAGAGUCAGUCUGAGAAGAAUAUGUACCAGAAAAUGCUGGGACAGAAACCACAGACCAAAGUCAACAAGCCAUCACAGUCCUCCAGCAGUAUGUGGAAGUGGACCUCAGUUAUAGGUGGCGUUACCAUAGCAGCUGUUGCCAUGGGAAUUACAGCAUACAGACAUUUACAACAUUGAAAUUGAUUGGCUCUGCACAUGUGUAAAAUGAAAAUACAAAAAUACAGCUUAUGAAUUGCCAUAAUAAACCCUAAUGUCUACAUGCAUAAAAUGAUCGUGCUUUUAUAUCUUGCAGAAGUGAACAUUUCCAUGAAUGAAAAUAUUUUUAUUGAGUAGAAUGCAGUUUGAUAUGUAAUACAUUUGUUACAUGCUCACAUUAUUCUUUGUUCCAUUGUAUGGUUUAAACUAUCAUUUACUUUCUCAUGUUUUGUUGUUGUUGCUGUCAUGAAAACUGACAAUUUAGAUUUGUAUGGGUACAUGUAGAUAUAAUAAUGCAUGCAAAUCAGUCUAUUUGUUAUAAAAUGUAACAUAUUUUACAAUAAAAUAUGCAGCCAUGA